UUAUCGAGUCGUUGUUAAGAAGUCGACACGUUAAUUAUUAAUUGAGUCAAGCAUUCAUUCACCUUGACCAGACGCUUUUUUUUAAAAAAAAAUUUUUUUGCCGUCGUCGUAAGGUUCUUAAUGGAUACCGGUACGAAGUUUCUCCUUUCAAACAUGAUUGUGUACUUUUAGCAACGCAGUGAAAACUGGUCCUGACUGGUUCUGCACAUCAGACACAAAAUGUGAUCAAACCGCAAUUCAGUAGAAUGACUGGAACGACAAGGGAUUUGUCAUUUAACAGAUUAACAUUCUUUAUACUCGCGGGAGAAGCGCUGUUUAUUGGCAGAAAUUAUUUUCACUGAAUAAUUUCCAGGACGUUGUUUGAACGGCAGACAUUCCCCGAGGAAAACCAAGCAGACACAUCGGUAGCGGCAGGCAAACAAAACCGCAAUAUGUUUUUAAUGCUCAGUUAUACACGUUCUUAAAAAACACGCCGUAGUUGGAUGUAGGGCAUGAACAAUAACAAAGUGAGCAUGAGGCGUGCAGCAGUGGUGAACAGACCAUAGAUCACUUACCUGGAUUGUGAACCUUGCUGCAGCCGGGAACUGGACUGGAUUUAUAAUCUCCUACUUGUGUUCAGUAAUCCGGCAGAGACAAAAGGCAUUUCUGUAUGGACAAUAUCGCCGGGUUGGUAAAGGUAUUUUGAGAAGUCUCAAUAAUAUACCGUCUUAAUAUACAGAAUGUUUACCCUUACAGAAGUCGCUUCUCUCAAUGAUAUACAACCAACAUACCGAAUUUUAAAACCAUGGUGGGAUGUGUUUAUGGACUACUUGGCUGUUGUCAUGCUUAUGGUGGCAAUCUUUGCAGGCACCAUGCAAUUAACCAAAGAUCAAGUAGUUUGCCUUCCAGUUUUGCAAGAACCAAAAGAAAAAACCAGUGGGUUGAAUAGUUUUCCAAGUAUGCGUACAACACCCUGGGCAGCAGAAUCUAAUGAUCCUUCUGUGCAACAUCGAAGCCUUCCUAAAGAGGUGUCUUUAGGAACCAUACCACCAAUUACAGCAGAUAAUGUAGCUCAUGAGAUUCAAUACACCCAAAUGCCAAACCCUGUAGUUAAAAUAUCUGAGCCAGAACCUACAGGACGCAAAACCAACUUGGAUUAUCAGCAGUAUGUUUUUGUUAACCAGAUGUGCUAUCAUGUGGCCCUGCCUUGGUACUCCAAGUACUUUCCUUAUCUUGCUCUGAUUCACACAAUUGUCCUCAUGGUCAGCAGCAACUUCUGGUUCAAGUAUCCAAAGACGAGUUCGAAGAUCGAGCAUUUUGUUUCUAUUUUGGGGAAGUGUUUCGAGUCCCCUUGGACUACAAAAGCUCUGUCUGAAACGGCCUGUGAAGAUUCAGAAGAGAACAAGCAGCGGUUAACCGGUGCGACUUCUUCUUUACCAAAGCACGUGUCGACCAGCAGUGACGAGGGGAGUCCAGGUCAGACGACCCCAAUGCUGACAAAAACAGGCGUGAGAUUUUCUGCAGAAAAACCUGUUAUCGAGGUUCCUUGCAUGACUAUUUUGGAUAAGAAAGAUGGCGAACAGGCCAAGGCACUUUUUGAGAAGGUCAGGAAGUUCCGUGCCCAUGUUGAGGACAGUGACUUCAUAUAUAAACUGUAUGUUGUUCAGACAGUGAUCAAAACGGUCAAGUUCAUUUUGAUUUUGUGCUAUACCUUAAACUUUGUAGCUGCAAUCCAUUUCAACCACAUAUGCGAGCCAAAUGUAGAGCAUCUAACAGGCUACUCCAAAUUUCACUGCACUCACAACAUGGCAUUUAUGUUAAGAAAGCUGCUCGUCAGCUACAUUGCUCUCAUUUGUGUCUACGGCCUUGUCUGUUUGUAUACCCUGUUUUGGUUAUUUAGGCGGCCUUUGAAGGAAUACUCCUUUGAGAAAGUACGAGAAGAAAGCAGCUUUAGUGACAUUCCGGACGUUAAGAAUGAUUUUGCAUUCCUUUUGCACAUGGUGGACCAGUAUGAUCAGUUGUAUUCCAAACGGUUUGGGGUUUUUCUGUCUGAGGUCAGUGAGAACAAGCUUCGUGCGAUUAGCCUCAACCAUGAGUGGGCCUAUGAGAAGCUACGACAGCACGUAACAAGGAAUGCCCAAGACAAGCUGGAGCUUCACCUCUUCAUGCUGUCUGGGGUCCCUGAUGCAGUGUUUGACCUCACCGACCUAGACAUCUUAAAGCUGGAACUGAUACCUGAAGCCAAGCUUACUGCUAAGAUUUCUCAAAUGACCAGCCUUCAGGAACUGCAUUUUUACCACUGUCCUGCCAAGGUGGAGCAAACGGCUUUCAGCUUUCUCCGUGACCACCUGCGGUGCCUUCAUGUCAAGUUUACAGACGUUGCUGAAAUUCCAACCUGGGUCUAUUUGCUUAAAAACCUGAGGGAACUGUACUUGGUAGGUAAUCUGAAUUCUGAGAACAACAAGAUGAUAGCUUUGGAGUCUCUCAGAGAUUUGAGACAUCUGAAGAUCUUGCAUCUCAAGAGUAACCUCACCAAGAUUCCAACAAACAUCACUGACCUGUCCCCACAUUUAACCAAACUAGUAGUACACAAUGAUGGAACUAAACUUGUAGUGCUGAACAGCUUAAAGAAGAUGAUGAACUUGGCUGAACUGGAGCUGCACGACUGCGAACUUGAGAGAAUUCCUCAUGCCAUAUUUAGCUUAACUAAUUUGCAAGAGCUGGACCUGAAAUCAAAUAACAUUCGCACUAUUGAAGAAAUCAUUAGCUUGCAGCACCUCAAGCGACUAACCUGUCUUAAACUGUGGCACAACAAAAUUAUCACCAUUCCUUUAUCGAUAAGCCAUGUCAAGAACCUUGAAUGGCUGUACCUUUCUAACAACAAACUAGAAUCGCUGCCCACUUCGAUCUUCCUACUCCAGAAGCUCCGAUAUUUAGAUGUAAGUUACAACAACAUUGCGGUAAUUCCCAAUGAAAUUGUCUCCUUGCAUGACCUGCAGCAUUUUGCCAUUACAGGAAACAAAAUGGAAAUCUUGCCUAAACCCCUUUUUAAAUGCACAAAGAUAAGGACUUUAUUCCUGGGACAGAACUGCAUCACCACAAUCCCAGAUGAAAUAGGCCAGUUGCUGCAGCUUACUCAGCUCGAACUAAAGGGAAACUGCUUGGAUCGCCUCCCUUCACAACUAGGUCUCUGUCGUCUUCUCAAGAAAAAUUGUCUUAUUGUAGAGGACCACCUUUUUGACACCCUGCCCCUGGAGGUGAAGGAAAUGAUCAAUCUCGAGUCUACUGCCCCCUUCGCUGGUGUGUAAUUUUACAGAAGCCGAACAAACUCUACAGUGAUAUUUUUAUGUAUCCCAAACACGCAAGUGCACUAAUGUAUUGAAGACCCCUUUUAACGUGAAGGGAGAUGAGGGUUCACAUCCAUAUUCUGCUGGUCAGGUUUCAAUGGGAACUACAGUUGUGGGUGAUGGUAGAGGCUCACUUUCCUUAUUCAUUUGUUUAUAGAACAGAUUGUUCUUAACAAACCUACUAGAGGUGAGCUUUUUAUUUAACAAUGAGAUUUAUUAAAAAAAAAAAAAAACACACAAACAAAAAAAACAUGUUUGUCAAGCCACAAAAUGUCAUUCUACCAUCAUUUUAGUAGGACAACAUUGGAUUAUGAAAACAUUUUUUACUUUUAGUCUUUAGUUGCUAGAUCACCCCCAAUACCUAUUGCUUUGGCGCAGAGCACCCCAGAGAAACUUAAUAAAAUGUGCAUCGGUAACUUAAUAGAGUGCUUAUAAAUUUUACAGGAUGUCUGUUUGUAAUGCUGCUGGUGUAUUGGGCACUGAGGGCUGUGAGUGCUGUAUAUGUACUCCUCAGUGUUCAUAUUUACCAUGCUUAACUUUAGGGCUGCAACCAAUGGUACAUUUUGCCCUUUGAAGGUUCAGAACACAUUCCUGAAGGAAGGUUCGAACCUUCCAUGGUACUCAUUUGCAUAAUUUAUUGGUGAC